UUCCCAAGCAUUAUAUCACUCUACAUCACUCUCCAUUUCGUCUGAAUCAUCCGUUCAUCGACAUGAAGCUGUCCCCCGGUAACAUCCAAUAGAAAUGCUGACACACUUCGUGGACAACUCGAACCACAAACGACAAACUAAACCCUCUCUUCACAUCACCACGAUCAUGAUGUGUUGCUGGUCGGUCUGUCUCGCCCACACGGUGACGCCGGUGAGCAUUUCUCGAGUCGUAGCGUGUCUGUGCCGUGAGGGAAUCGUACAGGAUCCACCGACCCUCCUUGAGAGACAGCAUCAAACGACAGAGAAGAAUACGUACACAUUCAGCCAUGUGUGCCCGUUGCAUGGCGCCCUGUACCUUUCUGUCUUCACGAGCAUUAGAGCUCAAGUGAGGUGAGCCAACCAGCACCGUCUCGCGACAUCCCUGCAUGGAUGUCAGAGUGCACACAUGUGUAAGCAGCGGUGGAACAACAGACCUUUCUCACCUGCGUUUCUCUCAAGCAGCCCAUCUCUAUCGACGAUCCAUGGCGACCCUUGUUGCCCCUCCUGCCCAACACGGUUAGCUGGAGGUUCAGCGACUCUCCAUUUGCCUCAAAGAGUGUCCACCCGCCAGACUCCUUGCCAUAAAAUGGGGCCGAGAUGACCACGGUAGCCGUUUCAUUUCCCCGCCGUGGCUUGACCAUCAUCUGUGGCACAAUAAGAGACAGGCAUUGUACUCCUGUGCUCACUCUCCUGUGUCUCCUUUUCUGACCUGUGCGCCGAAUCUUGCCAGCUCCGUUGGGUGAGGGGAGGCGACUGUCUCUGACGGCAUGUCUGCGAGAGAGGUUGCCUUGCGCGACCGUCCAUGGGCGAUGAGGUCACUGGACUUGAAGCCAUAGAUGUAACCUGCGGAGUCGAGUGGUCGCAGGGGGAAGGAACCAUGAUUGGUGGCGCCAGGGGCACCGACCCAUACCAUCGCCUGUGCACACACACGGAGCAGUGUGUCUAUUGUUCAGCUCGUUCUGUGCGGAUCUGUGGUCACCUCUGACGCAUCACUUGAAGGCACCACCGCACACGAGAUUCCAAACCUCGCAUGCGGCUCAGCAUUCACCACGUUAAAGACCUCCGCCGCGGCCAGGCCGCCACCAUCAGCAUUUGUGCUCUUCACUCGAUAGCCAUAAAUGGCCCCUCCCCCGACCAAUCGCGUGCCACCAGCUCCUUUGUCGUCGCCAUAGAGAGGCGCCCCGACAAUGAGGAUGGUCUGACCGUCAACUGUUGAUGCGCAAACGCACUGGCCGAAGCCAUCAGCCAGCGAUGGGCUCGUGAGCGUCAGGUGGGGAGGGGGGUUCGGUUGGCUGUUGUGGGCUCUCGAGAGAAAGACGUCCACUGUGCCUUGCGACAGUGUGGACAGAGUGCUGUUGCCGUCCUCCAACACGCGGACUGAUGCUGCUAGAGGGGACGAUACCAUCAGGUCAUCCUGGCCAUCCUGACGCAUAGAAACGGCGACACACACACACACACACACACACAGUGAGGCGCACCUUCUUGCUCCCUGGCUGGCACACACCUGAUCCAUAUCAGCUGUCGCGAGAUGCAUCCCAUAAUUCGAUUCUGCCGUGUUUCCAUCGAUCCGAUAGUGCGGCAGGUCGGUGGCCGUGAGGGUGAUCCGGCCGCCUGUCGGCUGGGGAAUUCGAUGGAAGACAAAGACCGCCCCAGUGGCAUUCUUGCGCUCACAAGUCAGGUCGAUCGCAUCUAGCGAGCCUGUAAAAGGAAGAAAGGAACAAUGAAUGUCCAAGGCUUGGCACUUGCUCGCUGUCAUCGCACCUGUGGAUUGUGGUGCGCUGACGAUGAUAUCCUUCUCGCCGUCUCGGUCGAGAUCCAGACACUCAACGCUCCAACCAAAGCGACCCAGCGGCUCCACGCCCUGAAAGAAGAAGAAAGUGGCACUCCUGUGUGUUUUUGGUAUGCUCAUGCAGAAGACCUCACCAGUAUUUCGAUCUUGGUCUGCAUGUCGUAAGGAUCGAAAUACAGCGUGACACGUCCGCAGGAGGGGCAGUCGGGCGAGGUGGAGUAGCCAGGAGCCGAUACGACCCACUCGUCAACCCCGUCACUGUUGACGUCACACGCUUUGAUGGCAUGACCUUCAUAACCUGCAGGCCGAGAAGCAUCGUAUUCACAAGGGGUCAUCUGUGCAUGUUCGCGUACCGUAUGAGCCCUCUUUCCACAUCAGCAGAUCUUCGUUGCCCCUUUCUGUGGCCGUCUGAACCGCACACGAGGCCACAGCCUCUCUCCCUUUUCUCUGUCAAUCGCCCACCACAUUGCCGCUUCCUCUCAAUCGACGGAGCCUCUUCACCAGUCCGUGCAGGCGGCCCUUGCUUUCCUGCUUUUGCCUAUCGCUGAUGUUGUUGGGAGGAAUGAUGCAUUGGGGCAGUUUGGCCGGCGGGCCGUGCUUGAGCCACUGCCACGUCCGCUGCCACGCUAUCAACGUGAAGACGGUCAUGUCAUCGAUUCCUCCUGCCCAGAAUUGCUGCAGGUUUUCGCGGAUGAAGGGAUUCUGAGACAGAGAGAAGCUGGAGGAACAUGACCAAUGUGCCAUACCAGUGGCUGCCUACCGUCUUGGCGAAUCGUGAGUAGAGUAGUGGUGCUGCGUCUUUCGCCGCCUCUCUCUCGGCACGAAUCAGAACAGCGCAUCCUGAGUAGAGAGAUGCAAGAAUACAGGCAAGUGUGUGCAAUGCCGCCGUGCAUUAGUUGUUGGUGCUCACUUCGGAUCGCCGUUGGGCUGAUAGCGAAUCCCCUCUUUGCGAGGACCUUGUGCAGUGUUGCCGUGGGCAGCCACCUGACACAGAAAAGACACAUAGAGGAUGGAUGCAGCGGCCCCACCCACGAUGUCUUACCAGUCUUUCGACACACCAUUUUUCCGCAGGCUGUCCUGCACCGAGCAAAACCAUCACAACAAUGGACACAUUAUCACGCCGGCUCUCAUGAUGCACUGACCUCCACGCCCAGCACAAACUCCCCGCCAACAUCACCGCUCGUAUGCGCCGCCUGACACAGCCCACCAUCGCACCCAAAAUCCGCCAUGCCCGAGUACUGCAGCCACCCGAAGCCUCCCGCCUGCUGCAGCCCAUGCCAGUUGGUAUCCGCCAUAUAGUGUGACACCAUGCCCAGCAGAAAGGCCACAAGCGGCGGGCGGUGAGAGGGCGGCAGCGAAAGGAUAUGGGAGACGAUCGUCAAGUGAAAAGGCCGCCAAUGGGCGUCUUCUGCUGCAUCUGAAGGCAGUGAGAUCACACAGGUCAGACCAUUGAUAUUUAUCUGUGUGUGACAGCCGUGGGUACCUCUGUUGCCGCAGCCAUAAAAGAAGUCCGGGAAGACGCCUCCAGCCCACGCAGCGUCACGGUGCUCACUGAAUGGACAAUCAAACGUGAGCUGACUGCCCGUGUUGCGUGGUGGCUUACCGUAGCAGCGAUGCGAACCCCAUGUCCAUCAUGUGAGCGUAUCGCAUCGCUCGGGUGAUGACUUCGAUGUGGACAUUCUCACCGCAGCCGUCGAUGGAAAUGCAGCAACUUAAGAACAGGACGGAAAGGACACGCCGACUCACAUUCAUAGCUGGGACAGCCGUGAUGUCUG